UAUUCCAAGAUGGCGGGCCGAGGCUGGGGAAGGGGAAGAGGACUUCUAUCAAGCAACGUGACUGCAGUCGCUCCCGGAAGUGGAGAUUACCAGGCUCUUCUAGUCAAACUUGGUCAUAUUCGAACAGCCGAAGAAGAGAAGAACAAAGAACACAAUGGCGAUCAGAACGCCAAGUCACCAUCACCCUCACCCUCCCCAUCAUUGUCAACAACGACCCUCAGCGACGUAGAGGAAGCGCUGCGUAGCCUACAACUGGAUGCAGAUGAGUCAGAUCUGAAGAAAAUCAACGAGCUGGCGACUGACGCCACCAAGAGUGGGGAGGACUUGAAGAAAGUUGCAGAGAUGAUAUAUAAGAAGUGCCUCGGUGACCGCGAUUUCGCCAAGUCUGGUGCCAUCAUUUGUCACCUAAUGGCUGGGAUUGAAGUGGAAGGAACCAGGUUUAGAAACUGUAUAUUGUCACUACUGCAGAAAGAUUUUAAAGAUAAAGAAGAGAUCAGAAAGACUUCAUCUGUGAGAUUCCUGGGUUUCCUGGCCACGCUGUGCCAAGUGUUCGACCACAUGCGGACAGCGACGGGGGAGCUGUUCAAGCCGCUGGUCGGUCCCAUCUGUGAGAGCAUGGAGAUGAUCUUGGAGCAGGAGACGGACACCACGGCUGACGAGUGUGAAUUCCUCACGUUGCAGUUACAAGCUGUUGGCAAGGAGAUAGAUGACAUCGGCAGUGAAAGACUCGGAAAACUCAUGGAAAAAGUCCGGACGAAGAUAGUGAAUAAUGGCACAUCACCACGAAUACGGUGUACUCUCCUUGAAGUCCUGGAAUGUUACUGUCGGAGGUUUGAGGAACCUCCAAAUGACGUCACUCGUUUCUAUUGCGACACAAUGGCUGAUAUUCUGUCUGGAAUGGUUGUUUGAUCAAAGAAUUGCUCAUAUCAUUCACGGUUUUAUCAUUCGGUUUUAUCAUUCACGGUUUUAUCAUUCACGGUUUUAUCAUUCACUGUUUUAUCAUCAGUUUGAUCAUUCACGUUUGAUCAUUCACUGUUUUUAUCAUUCACUCUUUUAGCCUUCACCAACAUCAAUCGCUUUAUCGAUUUUUAUGAGCAAGUAAAAGCAGUUCAACUGUCAGUUUCAUCUUAAAUAAUUUGUUUAAAAUUUUUAGCUUUGUUUCAGCCAUUGGGAUGAGGUAUAUAUAGAUGCAAAGAGUGAACCAUUCAUUUUGAUAGAAGUGUCAGUGUUUCUCAUUUACACUCAAUGUCGGGAAGCUGACAUGGAUAAGUUGGAAUGAGUGAGGCACUAUGGUUUUUAUGCCUCUUUAAACAAUGUGUGACAAUAUCACAUCCAGGGAUCCCAUAAAUGUGCUGCAGACAUGGGACCCUCAUCCAGAGAUGUAGUACAGGGUUUUCACAGGCUUGAAAAAGCCUGAAAUAUGGACAUUUUAUCCCAAAAGGCCCUAAAUUUGUUUUAACCUUGAAAACGGCCUUAUUUGCCAGUGAUUUGGCCUAUAAUGGACAUAUAUUUAGCUAUACUUGUCAAGUUAUGAUUUUAGCAGGUUCUAAUACAUGAUAAAAAUACCUUGAAAUGAGUGAUAAUGAAUUUCCAUCGCGAAGCAAAACUUUCCCAGUGCAGCGACGUAUCUAAGACUUAUUUCCGUCUGAUGGUCGGUGCCACAUUUGACCAACCUUGUGUGUAUUCAACUACCUAUGUGUUAUCUAUGUGUUUCUAUAGUUCAUUAAAAUUGUUAAUUGGGCCUUGAAAGCCCCUAAAAAGGCCUUAAAUUUGAUGACUGAUAAUAUACUGAGGGAAAAAAAUAAGGGAUCACAUGAAAGCACAAGUGUUCCUUUUUUUUUUUCCAAGGUUUCUUCACAAGCUUCCUAUCGCAUUGCUUGUGAAGAAACCUGGAAAAAAAUAAAGGAACAUGUGUGCUUUCAUGUGGUCCCUUAUUAUUUUCCCUCAGUAUAUGUAUAUACAUGCUUUUAGGUUUUCGGAGGACAAAAAUCCGUAAAACAAGAAAUAAAAUUGGUCUGGCCUAAUUACCCUAUUGAUAAAUGUCUUGAAACAUAAACUCACUCGCUCCACCAGAAUCAAAUGUGGGCAGGGUGUUUUUUCACAAAGGCUGAAGGCUGUUUCCUUUCCUAGUUUGCAAUCACUGGGUUUAAAUUUACAAAGUUUAAUUUCUUAAUUUUAAAGUUCAUUUCAAGCUUAUCCACUUCUCUGUGUCCAGUAUCUCCUUGGUAAGACAUUUGUUUUAUGUUCAUGUUUUUAAAGUAAGCUAGGGUUUAGAUGUGUUUGUUUCAAAGUACAAUGUAUCUGGAUACAUUUUAUAAAUAAAAGUCUUUCUGGACACCAGUUCCACAAAGAGAUCUUAGCGCUAUCCGUGACUAUCGUAAACCUAAGUUAAAGUAUGGGAGUUACGAUCAUCUUAUUGCUAAGAUUACUUUGUGGAACUGAGCCCAGAUAUACCCUUUUGAGCCUUGAAUGGUCAAGAUGUUGACCAGUCAUUGGGGUGGAGUUAGCAUAAGAGGUCUUUAAUGCACAGAUGUACAUAAACUAAUAUCCUUCCCCCAACGCUUGACAAAUUAAUUGAUGAGUGAGUGAGUUAAGUCUUACGCCGCACUCAGCAAUAUUCCAGCUAUAUGGCGGCAGUCUGUAAAUAUUCGAGUCUGAACCAGAUAAUUCAGUGAUCAACAGC